AGAUGUCCUCGACGAAGAAGUAGCGACCCUGCCAAGUGGAGUAUGCCUUGUAGCAUAUGGAGUAGCCAAUUGCCUGGCUGAUAAUAGAAGCGAUUGCGUUGCGAAAUGGAUGUGGAUAAGAUCUGCCUGACCUGCCUGUGCUCGACGGGACCCUUCCUGUCCAUUUACGACGGAGGAUCAGGCGGCUGCCUGGCGGACAUGAUCAGGGAUUUUACCAAAACCAAGCCUCGCCGCCACGAUAAUCUGCCCGAGAAAGUGUGCAUAAGUUGCUUGGGUGAAGUCAAUCGAUGCUACACCUUCAAGAUCAAGUGCGAGAACUCCAGCCGCACCCUGCGCCAAUUGCUGCCGAAUGCCCUGCCCGAGGAGCCCGAAAACAAGGUGCCGCACAGUUGUCCAGUGGUCACGUCGGAUCAGGCUGUGCAGACCGUAAGUUGGGAGCCCAGCAGAUGCACAGCCGGCGUGCAAACGGAUGCGGUGGCCACCACAAAUGCCGAACAGACCACCUGCCUGAUCAAGUCAACGAGUUCAGUGGACCUGGAUUAUGAGGGCGAGGGUGAAGUCUUCGACUACGAGCUGCCGGAUGAGCCCGUCGAGUCGACCACCAACCUCAUCCUACAUGUCCAGGGCAGCUUGAAGGACGAAAAGGAAGUGGUGUUCACACAAACCAAUGUCAUUUACGAAGGCGACGACAACGAGCUGGAGCAGCAGAUCAGGGAGUGUAACCUGGACAUAUUCGAGGAAGUCGACCACGAGGCGGAGGUAAUCACAGUACCCGCUCCGCAGGUCACCACAAGGAAGAGCGCUGCCAAGCUCCUGACGCAGCAGCAGAAUGAAAAGCAGGACGAGCCUGUAGAUCCCAAGAAGGAUGUUACGGAAGUACAACUAGCCCUGCCGACUAAGAGAUCUUCUCGCCGGCGGGCAGUGUUAAAGCCGGAUGAACAGGCCACGCCUUCGACCGAAGCAGCUUCUCCAUCCAAGCCGCUUCGGUUGGGAAGUAACCGCAAAUCCCUAAAUGCAGUCGGUGGACCAAUCACAGUGGCAGUAAGCAGCGCAAGUGCAGCCUUGACCACUGAGCUCAAGUACCACUGCGAUCACUGCAAUGCGGGCUUUGCGCUGGAAAAAUCCUUGAUGAUUCAUAGACGUCAGAAGGGCUGCAUCAACCGAAACUUUAAGUGCAACGAGUGUGAAAAGGUCUUCGUAUCGCCAGAUCACCUGGCCGAGCAUCAAGCCAACCAUAGUGCGCACAACUGCCCGGAGUGCGGGAUGCAGUGUGACUCCAAGGAGCAGCUGAGCAAGCACAUGGUGCAGGGGCACAAGCGGAAUCUGCGCAAUCAGUGCACCGUCUGUCAGAAGGUAUUCACCAUGCUAUCCACUCUGCGUGACCACAUGCGCAUACACACCGGGGAGAAACCGUUCGUGUGCAAUAUCUGCGGGAAAAGCUUCACCCAGAACGCCAAUCUGCGCCAGCACAAGCUGCGUCACUCCGAGACAAAGAGCUUCAAGUGCGAGCUCUGCCCGCACUCGUUCGUGACCAAGGCGGAGCUAGCCUCUCAUGCCCGCACCCACACCGGCGACAAGCCCUUCGAGUGCGAUGUGUGCUUGGCCAAGUUCACGACCAGUUGCUCCCUGGCCAAGCACAAACGGAAGCACACGGGCGAACGGCCAUACGCAUGCGACCUGUGCCCCAUGAGAUUCACCGCCCUCAAUGUGCUGAAGAAUCAUCGGAGGACGCACACGGGCGAGCGGCCGUACGUCUGCCCAUUCUGCUCGAAGACCUUCACCCAACGGGGCGACUGCCAGAUGCAUCAGCGCACCCACCAGGGCGAUCGCAUCUACAUCUGCCCGGUGUGCAGCGAGGAGUUCAAGUCGAUGCCCGAUAUGAGGUCCCAUUUGGCCACCCACGAGCAGCACGACAAGCGCCUGGUGCACUUCACAUUUCUCAGCAACAAGGAGAACGGAAGCGGAACCCUUAAGGAAGACCUUAAUGAGAUGACUGAGUCUGCAAUGAUACUUUAAGUUGAUAUGGGAAAUGUGCAAAUCUCCAGUCAAAGUUGCUCAUUACUUUCUCCCGAUUGCACAAAUGAUUAUUAUCCGGGUUUUGUCUUCUUUGCCCAUCUCCGUUCAACCGAAGCGGAAAGUGAAAAAUGUUUAACCACUCAAAAUCGCAAGACUCAUCUGAUUACAUUUCCGUCUACUCUUCCCCUUGGGAACACUGUUUAUGACAAAAUUCACAACUUUAGAACAUCUUUAGUUUUAACUUAGUCGCUAGAUUGUAGAUUACAAAUAAAAGCUUAAAUGGUAAA